CAUUUCCCCACUUCUUCUUCCUCUUCUGCUUCUACUCUUCCUUUUCAUUCUCUCCUCGACCGCCUCCGUCUCUCCUCUCUUCCUUUUCCCACAAACUCUUGGGGUUUCUUUCUGGCGUUCAUUCGUCCCCUCUCCCCCUGUGGAGCCAUCGAAUCGCCGUACGGAUCUCUCCUGCUUCGUGCUGCCGGUUCUUUCUUGUCGAUCUGUCGUCUCGUCGGCACGUUAUUGAUGGAUUGACUGGUCCUUGAUCUGUGGCUCGUCCUAAGAGGUGAAGCGAUGGCGCAAGCGCAGCCGCCGAGGUCUUCGAUGCACAGGGUUGCUUCGGAGUCGAGAUGGGUGUAUCAGGAUGAGGAUCGAUCCGAUGAGAACGAAAGCGGUAGAAGUGGAGGUGGCAAUGACAAUGGAGAGGAGGAUUUGCAUCCGUGGGUCAGUUCCGAGUCUGAUGACGACAAUGCCGGGCAGCGGCUCAUUAGGACAGGCCCACGGAUUGACUCAUUUGACGUCGAGUUAUUCGAAGUCCCCGGGGCUCCGAGGAGUGACUAUGUGGACUUUCCUUUGGGCAGGACUGUUUUUCUUGCUAUCCAAACACUAGGAAUUGUUUUCGGGGAUGUUGGAACAAGUCCAUUGUAUACCUUCAAUGUGAUGUUUAACAAAGCUCCUAUACAUGGGGAAGAAGAUGUCCUUGGAGCACUAUCAUUGGUCUUGUAUACGUUGAUUUUGAUACCAUUGAUCAAGUAUGUCCUUGUUGUGCUUUGGGCCAAUGAUAAUGGUGAAGGUGGGACAUUUGCAUUGUACUCAUUGAUAUGCAGGCAUGCAAAAGUCAGUCUUCUUCCAAACCAAUUGCCAUCUGAUGCUCGUAUAUCAAGUUUUAGACUGAAGGUGCCAUCUCCAGAACUUGAGAGAUCAAUAAAGAUUAAAGAAAGUCUGGAAGCUUCAUUACCACUGAAAAGGCUGCUUCUCAUGUUAGUUCUUGCUGGUACUUCGAUGGUAAUUGCUGAUGGAAUCAUUACCCCUGCAAUGUCAGUUAUGUCAGCCGUGGAUGGUCUGAAGGUUGGAAUAUCUGGUGUAAAACAAGAGGAAGUGAUGCUGAUUUCGGUGGCAAUCCUUAUUAUUUUGUUCAGCAUACAGAGAUUCGGCACAAGCAAAGUUGGGCUGGCCCUUGGACCCGCUUUAUUUAUCUGGUUUCUUUCUCUUGCUGCAAUUGGGAUCUACAACAUUGUGAAACAUGACAAGAGCGUUCUCAGGGCAUUUAAUCCUGCACAUAUCUACUACUUCUUUAAGAGGAAUUCUGGUAAAGCUUGGAUGUCACUUGGCGGAUGCUUUCUAUGUGCCACCGGUUCAGAAGCAAUGUUUGCAGAUCUGUGCUACUUUCCAGUUAGAUUUAUACAGGCCACUUUCAUCUUCUUAGUUCUCCCAUGCCUAAUGUUGGGAUAUCUUGGCCAAGCUGCCUUCCUGAUGAAAAACCUGGACAAAUCUGAACAAGUCUUUUUCUCUUCUGUACCAGAUGGAGCUUUUUGGCCGGUAUUCAUUAUUGCAAAUAUUGCUGCACUGAUUGCUAGUCGAGUGAUGACAUCUGCAACAUUUGCAUGUAUAAAGCAAUCAACUGCCCUUGGCUGUUUUCCACGUCUGAAAAUCGUACAUACCUCUCGGAAAUUUAUGGGUCAGAUAUAUAUCCCUGUCAUGAAUUGGUUCCUGCUUGUUUUCUGUUUGCUGGUGGUCACAACCAUAGCAAGUACAAGUGAGAUAGGAAAUGCUUACGGAAUUGCUGAAAUUGCGGUAAUGAUGGUCACUACAGUCUUAGUAACUUUGGUCAUGAUUCUAAUAUGGCAGAUCAACAUUUUUAUUGUGCUCGUGUUCUCACUUCUAUUUCUGGGGGUAGAACUGUUAUUCUUUUCUUCUGUUCUUCGCAAUAUUGUUGAUGGAAGCUGGAUUGUUCUGGUAUUUGCAGCUAUUGCGUUUAUGGUAAUGUUUAUAUGGAACUAUGGUAGCAAGCUUAAAUAUGAAACCGAGGUGCGCCAGAAAUUAUCUAUGGAUAUAAUGAAUGAACUUGGUCCAAGCCUUGGAACUAUAAGAGCCCCUGGGAUUGGCCUGCUUUACACGGAGCUAGUCCGAGGUGUUCCUGCAAUAUUUGGACAGUUUUUAACCACACUUCCUGCCAUUCAUUCUAUGAUCAUAUUUGUAUGCAUUAAAUAUGUUCCUGUCCCAGUUGUCCCACAGAAUGAGCGGUUUCUUUUCCGGCGGGUUUGCCCCAAGAGUUACCAUAUAUUUCGGUGCAUUGCAAGGUACGGUUACAAAGAUGUGCGUAAAGAAAAUCAUCAGGCGUUCGAGCAGCUUCUCAUAGAGAGCCUUGAAAAGUUUAUUAGGAGGGAGGCUCAAGAGCGCUCAUUGGAGAGUGAUGAAGACAGGGAUAGCGAUUUCGAAAUGGAUGACGACGAUGAUGACCUCUCCCGUACACUUGUUGCACCAAAUGGCAGUUUAUAUUCACUUGCCGCACCACUUUUAUCGGAGUAUGACAUCAUAACUUCCCUAGAGGCAAGUACAUCCGCCUCCAGAGAAGUAAUUCCGGCAUGUGAGCAAACAGCAGGAACUUCAUCGUCGGAAGGAGGAGAGCAGAGUCUUGAAAGGGAACUGUCAUUUAUACGGAGAGCCAAGGAGUCGGGGGUAGUGUAUCUUCUAGGACAUGGAGAUAUCAGAGCACGAAAAAAUUCCUGGUUUAUCAAGAAGCUGGUGAUCAAUUACUUCUAUGCAUUUUUGAGAAAGAACUGCAGAGCAAGCAUUGCAACGCUAAGUGUACCGCAUACCAAUUUGAUGCAAGUUGGCAUGACCUACAUGGUUUGAAGAAUGGAGCACGCUACCAUCUGAGGGGUUUUAUGCAGCCCACCGCUCGGACUGGCAUUUGGAUCUAGAAGGUUGUGAAACGGGAGAGCAGACAUUUUGUGCACCUGUUUGGCGACUCAAUUUUGCUGUGGCUGAAAAUUGUUCAGCUCUCUGAAAGGCUGAAGACGAAUUUCAUGUCUCAAUUCGAUUCGGAAUGAUAUUCAGGUUCUUUUCAUUUAACAAAGUGAUUUACAUUCUGUUCGAGAUGAACCAUGGUGUUCAGAUGGUGAAACAUAUCCCUGUUGGUUAAACGACCUUCACCAGCGGAGUGUUGACGGUUAGUACCUCUGGCUUGCAUAUUCUGAUGUGUGGGUGCAACUGUUAUUUCACUUCAUCGAUCCAUAUUUUAAGGUUUUUUUAAGGGCGUUGUAAUAUCGAACGGCCAUGCACAACUCAAAAAUACAUGGUCGAGAUAAAAUUCUGUACUCCUUGAAUUUUGUUACCUGGUAUUUGCAUGAAAAGGAGCCGGAUGGCUAUUGGUACAAUCACACAAUAAAGAGAUCUUUUACAAGCUCUUUCUA